CUCAGUCUAAGGUCAUUAUUCUCUGUUUGUAAAUUUUAGUUGUAUCUGCUAAGGCAGGGGGUGAAUUGGUUAAAUUUGUGUAGCAUUCCUCUUGCAGCCCUGAUCAACCAGCUGAGCAACUUUUAGACAACCUCAUACACACAUAGAGCAAGACAGACACAUUGGAAUAGUAUUAGUGUCAGUGUCAAACAUACCCAGUGUGACCUACAAGCUUUGCAACAGGUAGACAACACUCAGUGACAACAGCUGAUGAUGUAGAUUUGAAUUGUCCAUAAAACAGUCAGAGCAGAACUGAGUAAUAUUUAUUUCAGCAGACGGCAUCCCCAGCUUUGUGUAUGAUGCUAAGGGUUUAGUAUUGUACUAUACAGGUAUAUCUGUACAGUGCUCACUUAUUGCAUAAUCAUAUACACACAUAACCAAACUUCCCAGUGGGACUUCCCUGCAGCAAGUCAAAUGGAUUUAUUAAACAGCUGCUAUCCUUGGUGAACAGCACUGAGGAACUAGUGACAAUUUAGAAUUUCAGUAGUCAGUGACUGCCUGUAAAAAGGCUGUUACCCACCUGGGCUUUCUUUUGGACACGUGCAAGCGGCCAUAAUGGACACAUCAUCCAUACGUCGCCAGGUGAAGAAUAUUGUACACAAUUAUUCUGAGGCUGAGGUCAAAGUGCGAGAGGCCACUUCCAAUGACCCAUGGGGUCCCUCCACUAGCCUAAUGUCUGAGAUUUCUCAGAUGACCUACAAUACAGAAUUGUUUAAUGAGGUGAUGAUGAUGAUCUGGAGAAGACUAAAUGACAGUGGCAAAAACUGGCGUCACGUAUACAAAUCUCUCACCCUCCUUGAUUACCUGCUAAAAAAUGGAUCUAACAAAGUGGUGCAGGAAUUCAAUGAGAAUCUCAUAAGUGUGCAGACUCUAAAGGAUUUUCAGUUUCUUGAUCGUGAUGGGAAGGACCAAGGAAUUAAUGUCCGUGAGAAAGCGAAACAGUUAGUCGCUCUAAUAAAAGAUGAAGAGAAAUUAAAAGAGGAGAGAAUUCUAGCUCAGAACACAAGGAGAAGGAUGUCGUCAAAAGGACCCUCUGCCAUCAGCAACCAAAUGAGCAUCUCCACCAGCCAAGUUUCUCCCUCAAAACUCUCCUCAGACCUGGAGCAAGUCAGACCCCAGAGCACCGGGGAAGAAGAGCUACAAUUACAGCUUGCACUGGCCAUGAGCAAAGAAGAGGCAGAAAAGAAGACACUUCCUUCAGCUCCUGAAGAAGACGAAGAGCUGCAGCUCCAAAUGGCCUUGCAACGUAGUAAAGAGGAAUAUGAAAAGGAUAUGAGGUCCUGUCAGGGUGAGAUAUCACUAAUUGAGAAGGCUUUAAUGCAAGAUGACCCAGCAGUCAAACAGGAAGAACAGAACACAAGGACCAAAAAUGAGUCCCAUUUGUCAGACCUUGUUGAUCUCUUUGGUCCAACUGAAACAUCUACUCAUUCAUCUUACAACAUCUGGGGUCUUCCUGAUACUGUGUCUGUACCGCCAGUUAGAUCUGCUUCGUAUGGAUCCUUAUCCCCUCCAUGGGGAACAGUAAAUCAUUAUGACAAUAUAAGUACCUCACUUCCAUGGGCUUCUACACCUCACAUUACUCAACUCAAAGAAGACAACAUGAGUCAAAGUAUAAUAUUCAGCAGUGAAACCUCAACAGCCUGGAAGGAACCACCACCUAAAGAUAAUUUUUCCGACCCAUGGGGCAAUGGUGAGACCAUCGGUGUGCCCACAACUCUAGCAACAAAAGAAGAACCUUGGUCUGCUAAGUUUGAUCUUUUGGAUUCCAGUGUUGAUAUUUUUGGUCAGCCUCCUUUAAUCGCACCGAAAGAUCCUUCAGCCAGUUCAACAAGUCCGCUAGAACUUGAUUUUCAAGAUGAUUUUACACAAAGCAAAAAACAAACGCUAGAUGCUCUUGAUUUAACUGGUCUUGAAGAAGCUCUUCCUGAUUCGAGUGCAAAGCUUCGUAGUCGUACACCAGACCUAUUUCUGGAGCCAGCUGCUCGGACGCUGGUAAACCUCGAUUCACUUUUCUCAACUCCAGGUUCUAUUAAAAGCAAAAACCCUUUUAACGCAGGGCUCAGUGCGCCAUCACCCAAUAACCCAUUCCAACUUGGGGACCAAAAGCCGUCUCUAAACCAACUGAGGGCAACUUCUCCUGCUCCUGUAACCACAGGGGCACCAAUUACCUCUCUAAGGACCAUUUCUCCAGUGCCGCCUUUUUCUAUGCCAGGACUUAAUUCAUUACAGGCUUUCCCACAAGCCCAAGGCUUUGCUAUGCCUCCCGGUUUGUCACUUCCACUGCCACUUCAGAGUGUUUCCCCUGUAAUGGGCUUUCAGCCCACCAUGAAUUCUUCAUUUAACCAAAUACCAAUUGUAAACCAACUCUCCCAGCCUUUUGUGCCUCUCACCAACCCUCUCCAACAAUCUGAUGUAUCCUCUCAGGCUGUGACUAAUCCUUUUCUCUGAAACAUAAAAAUGAACAGUAGACGACAUCUGAUUGGCUGAGGAACUGAGUCAAAGUUUUGGAAGUUGCUGCCCAGACGCCUUUUUUUGUUAGAAUGACAUCUUCUCAUUGAAUUAUGGUGCAACACAGAUAUAAGUGCUCAUUAUAGGUUGACAGUAACAUUUACUAAAUUAAUUUAAUUACAACCUCUAAACCAGAAAGAUUUGUGUUUUCAAAGGCAACUGUACUGCUUUGGCUUUAUUUACAGAUUUUAAAUGAAUUUGUUUUUUCCCCCCA